UGGACACAUCUAAUGCUAUGAACAAUAGAACAUAAGAAAAACACCAAACGAUGAUGUCCAGGUAGAUUCCAAAGAAGUAGACUUGACUCACCACCUACAUGUCGUCCUGAGUCUGUUGUUUAUCUGGGACGUGCUGUGUUUCGAACAGAUAGCGUGCGUGUGUUCCAAAAUACUAGGUUUUCCAACCCUGACAACACGACACUCGACCGCUUCGCCAGCUGAUAAGUUGUUCUCACAUUGGUGCUAACACAUCUAUAUGGAACUGUGAAUGUUCGUGGCUUGGACUUUUUGGAUUAGUGGUUUACAUUUUCGGUGUGGGCCAAGUAAUGGAAAAUGUCGAAAAGUAGACAUGAGCAUGAUCGACCUCCCCCAUUGCAUCUGCCUUUGAGAACUUUAGCAACUAGCAAUACACUAUCGCCUGCAUUUGGCUUUGGAAACUUAGGUCCAGUAAAGAUGAAUUCUCCUAUGUCAAACCUGGCUAUCAAUCUCAGCGAACUGUCAACAGGAAGAGGCACUCCAAGAAGAAAGCUGUCAUUAUCAAGCACCGAUACACCAUCUUCAUCAAGCCACCCAACUCCAGAAAGGAUGAGUUCUACAGAAUCAGGAUGUUUUGUGGAUUCUCCAACCCCUCUUGACUCACCGACACUGGAAAUGAGCAUGCACAGAUUUGCCAAGAACGUCAAACCAGAUAUACCACCUGAGGCUUUUACUAAGAAGAAGACAAUCGCCUUCAGAAGAAUACAGUCAAUGCCGCUUCCAAUGAUGAGACUCAGCCCGAUAGACUUCAACUGUGACAUGGACAAAGAGAAUGAGAAGCAAACUCUGACCUUUGGUGAUCCUGAGGCUGACCACAGCUCAGAGAGUCUGGAGGCUGACCAAGAGGUGACGAGAUUAGUCAGGCCACAGUUUUUCUCGGAUGAGAACAGUUCCCAAGACAGUGGUGUAGACUUGGAGAGAGAUGGAAGGGAUGAGUUCCAGUUCGCAGCCCCCAUCGGCGUGCCCCCACGUAACAAGAUGAAGAUAAUCAGUGAAGACACUUGUUCACCCCUCAAAUACUCACCUGUCAAGUACCUGACCGACAGUAACAGCGACUCUCCAUCACGACCACGCUCUAAGUCUGUCCCCGUUACAGGCCUGGAUUUUUCCGGUGCUAACAUUCGACCUAUGGAGAAGUCUGACAGUCCUCUCAAGUUUAACCGUCUGCUUAGUCACGAUGAUGAAGAUGUGGACGAUGGCUUCCUGGAUUGUAUGGACAGCGAAAUCACCCAGAUCAACAACAAUGGUCCCAAUGUGUCGGACACGAUGGCAUCCUUAUUUAGUGCUCCCGUUGUAAAUGAGGACCGCUUGGCUAGCAGAUUGGAGUUGGAGGAAGAUGUCGAAACACCUGUGAUAAAGAGGUCCAACAGAAGACUACUCAACAGAUCCCAGUCUUAUGAUGUGCGGAAUCGACUCAACUCUAACAAGCGUGAUCCCCCAACAGACGAUUCCACGCCCACACAGAGCAAGCGGCGGAGAUCUGUCAUCUCCUCCAGCUCACCUGUGUUGUCAGAGGAAACAAGCAAGACGCCUCCAAAGCCAAAGUUGUUCAGAUGCCAGUCAGAGACAGAAGCUGUGAUUAAGUCGGCGCUAAAUAGGAUAGCCAAUGAACCAGAUCUCAUUGGUGAUUGUUCUAAGCCUUACUGCUUGCCUACCAUUACCGGAAAACACCAAGAUCUCAAAGGAAUAUCUGCUGAGACGAUGGUGGAUGUGUUGAACAAUGAGUAUGACCAUACCUUAGAGAAGUAUAUCGUUGUGGACUGUCGGUACCCCUAUGAAUUUGAUGGAGGUCAUAUUAAGGACGCAAAGAAUAUCUACACAAAGGAGGCUAUCAUUGAAGAAUUCAUUAAACGUCCCAUCACAGCAGAAGAUUCUAACAAACGUGUCGUGCUCAUCUUCCACUGUGAGUUCUCCUCGGAGAGAGGUCCAUCUUUAUUACGUUUCCUGAGAAAAAUGGACAGAGAUGUUAACAAAGAGUGCUAUCCUGCCCUACACUACCCAGAACUUUACUUACUCGAAGGAGGAUACAAGCUUUUCUACCAGGACUGCAAGGACCAUUGUGAACCACGCAGCUACAAACCUAUGCUACACAAAGACCAUACGAGUGAUUACAGACAUUUUCGCGCCAAGUCUAAGUCAUGGGCUGGAGAGAAGACAGGAAGGACAGGCUUCAGACCUCUUAAGUUUUAAGUCACAACACCAACCCCCAGACUUGGUGAUUAAGGCAGCUCUAGUGUUGCCCAAGGAGUAGCCAGCCACCUCGUAUUGAUGGACUUUAUUAAUCAGUGGUGUCUUGUGCUUCUGUGGGUUAUGCUUUUUACAGAUAUAUUACUCUUAUAGUAACCGUCCAUUCGAGAAUGAUCUCUCCUUAGGAAAAAAAACGAAAAAUGUUAGCUUCAAGCGGCUGAAUGGACAACAGAAUCAGUUGCAUGGCUGAACGAAUGAUAGUAUUAGCUAUGUGGCUGAACAAAAGAAAGAAUCAGAAUACAGGAAUGUGCUGAUGCCUUUUAGGCAUGUUAUCUGUUCAGAUAACUUGUAACAGUGUCUCUAUCUCCAAUAUCUUACUCUUAAACCUGU